AUGGAAACUACAGAACAGAGCGCCUAUGUCACCUUGAUAUUCAUAGGGACAUCCGUCCAGGCAUGGUUACUCAGUGCCAACACAACAUCAAGCGUCGACAUUCAGAUCGACGGCAUCUACCAGACUACUAUAGACACCUCGAAUAGUGCCCAAAACUACUGGGAGUGCCUCCCCAAGGUUUGGUAUUCAUCCCCGUUGCCAGCAGGUCAGCACGCAAUCACUGUGCUGCAUAGGAAAUUGAAUGGUGAUCGUCCAUAUCUCGAUUUCAUAAAGUAUAUUUAUAUUCCUGUGCCCGUGCCUAGUACACCCGGGAAUACUAGCACUCCUGGGCCUACCAACACACCCGGGAACACCAGUACUACCAGCACUGUUGGACCCACCAGCACACCCGGGAGCACCGGCACUACCAGCACUGUUGGACUCACCAGCACAUCUGGGUCUACAUGCGUUCCCGGAUAUGCCGGUACCUCUGGGCAUAGUACCAGCACCUGCACUCCAGGGCCCACAAACACGCCGACCCACAGGAAUACUGUGGGUUUGAAGGUCGGACUCGCCAUCGGUUGGGUAGUCGCAGGCAUCCUAGCAGCAGUGGCUUGGAAAUACAGGCCCGCAGGUGAGCGUGAGACGGAUGUGCCGGUUCGAACGGCAACUGAACGCGCGCGAGGUACCCAGCACUCAGGACCUCCCGUUUACACGCCGUCUCCGGGCGCACUGGAACUUGGCGCAAUCAAAAGUAGUGGUGGGUCGGCCCAAGCGGGAAAAAGAGGUGCGCCGACUACGUCUGCAUACGACCUGCUCUGA